ACCGAGUUGAGCAGAUUAAAAAAUAAAAACCUUUGCAAUAAUGCUCAACGUCUAAAUAUAUAUUUUGGCUAAAAUACUGAAACGUAUUGAUCAGAGCAACGGUAGGAAUUGGUGACGAGGUUGAAAUAGAAAUCCAAGGGUAGGGUUCGAUAGUAGCGGGAAGCAAUGGCUUCAGUGUACAUACCUGUGCAGAACUCGGAGGAGGAGGUGAGGGUGGCUCUGGAUCAGCUCCCUAGAGAUGCUUCUGAUAUCGUCGACAUCCUCAAGGCCGAGCAAGCUCCUCUUGAUAUCUGGCUUAUCAUCGCGAGAGAGUACUUCAAACAAGGAAAACUUGAACAGUUCCGCCAAAUUUUGGAGGAAGGGUCCAGUCCUGACAUUGAUGAUUACUAUGCUGAUAUUAGAUAUGAGAGGAUUGCGAUCUUAAAUGCUUUAGGGGCCUACUACAGUUACCUUGGAAAAAUUGAGACAAAACACAGAGAAAAGGAGGAACAUUUUAUUUUGGCCACACAAUACUACAACAAAGCAUCGAGAAUUGACAUGCAUGAGCCUUCUACGUGGGUUGGGAAAGGUCAGCUUUUACUGGCUAAGGGUGAAAUAGAGCAGGCAUUUGCUGCAUUCAAGAUUGUAUUAGAUGGGGACCAUGAUAACGUUCCAGCACUUUUGGGUCAGGCAUGUGUUCAGUUCAACCGUGGACGUUACUUGGAUUCAUUGGAGUUAUACAAGAGGGCCUUGCAAGUGUAUCCUAAUUGUCCAGCUGCUGUAAGACUUGGCAUAGGUCUCUGUCGUUACAGAAUGGGUCAAAUUGACAAAGCACGGCAGGCAUUUCAACGGGUUUUGCAGUUGGAUCCAGAAAAUGUUGAGGCUCUUGUUGCACUGGCAAUUAUGGAUUUGCAUACAAAUGAGGCGGCUGGAAUUAGGAAAGGAAUGGAAAAAAUGCAGAAAGCUUUUGAGAUAUAUCCUUACUGUGCAAUGGCAUUGAAUUAUUUAGCUAAUCACUUUUUCUUCACGGGUCAACACUUUUUAGUUGAGCAACUGACUGAAACUGCACUUGCUGUUACCAAUCAUGGACCAACAAAGUCACACUCUUACUACAACUUGGCUCGAUCUUACCAUAGCAAGGGGGACUAUGAAAAGGCUGGGUUGUAUUACAUGGCAUCUGUCAAGGAAAUCAGUAAACCCAAUGAAUUUGUAUUUCCUUAUUAUGGUUUGGGACAAGUCCAACUGAAGUUGGGAGAUUUCAGAAGUGCACUAUCAAACUUUGAGAAGGUUUUAGAGGUGUACCCUGAUAAUUGUGACACAUUGAAAGUUCUUGGUCACAUAUAUGUGCAGCUAGGGCAGACUGAGAAGGCACAGGAAUUUAUGAGAAAGGCUACAAAAAUUGAUCCACGUGAUCCUCAGGCAUUUCUUGAUCUGGGGGAAUUGUUGAUUUCAUCUGACCCUGCAGCAGCUCUUGAUGCUUUAAAAACUGCUCGUACUCUUUUGAAAAAGGGAGGUCAAGAAGUACCAAUUGAUGUACUCAACAAUCUUGGAGUUCUUCAUUUUGAAAGGGGAGAAUUUGAGCUUGCUCAAAAAACAUUCAGGGAGGCACUAGGUGAUGGAAUAUGGCUUACCUUCAUUGAUGGUAAAGAAAAUUACUCGCCUGUUGAAGCUAGCUCAUCUAUUCUUCAGAACAAGGAAAUACAUUUAUUUCAGCAGCUUGAGAAAGAAGGCCACCUUAUUGAACUGCCUUGGACUAAAGUUACAACACUGUUCAACAUGGCCAGAUUACUCGAGCAGUUACAUAACAACGAAACUGCAAAUUUGUUGUAUCGCCUGAUCUUGUUUAAGUAUCCAGACUAUGUGGAUGCUUAUCUAAGGCUUGCUGCCAUUGCAAAAUCUCGAAAUAAUAUUCAAUUGAGCAUUGAAUUGGUUAAUAAUGCUCUAAAGGUAAAUGAGAAGUGCCCAAAUGCAUUAUCUAUGCUUGGUGACUUGGAAUUGAAAAAUGAUGAUUGGGUCAAGGCAAAAGAAACCUUCCGUGCUGCUAAUGAAGCAACUGAGGGAAAGGAUUCGUAUGCUACUCUUUCUCUGGGGAACUGGAACUACUUUGCAGCUGUUCGCAAUGAGAAAAGAGCCCCUAAGUUGGAAGCUACUCAUUUGGAAAAAGCUAAGGAACUAUACACAAAGGUUCUGGCUCAGCAUUCUGCCAAUUUGUAUGCUGCCAAUGGUGCUGGAGUGGUUUUUGCGGAAAAGGGUCACUUUGAUGUUUCAAAAGAUAUUUUUACUCAGGUUCAAGAAGCUGCAAGUGGAAGCAUUUUUGUCCAGAUGCCAGAUGUCUGGAUUAAUUUGGCACAUGUUUAUUUUGCACAAGGCAAUUUUUCGUUGGCAGUGAAAAUGUAUCAGAAUUGCUUAAGGAAAUUUUUCUAUAAUACAGACUCUCAAAUCCUUCUUUAUUUAGCUCGUACUCAUUAUGAAGCUGAACAGUGGCAAGACUGCAAAAAGACACUAUUGAGGGCCAUACAUUUGGCACCUUCAAACUACACACUGAGAUUUGAUGCAGGGGUUGUGAUGCAGAAGUUCUCAGCAUCAACCCUACAAAAGACAAAGAAGGCUGCAGAUGAGGUACGUUUAACAGUGGCAGAGCUGGGGAAUGCAGUGCGUGUGUUUAAACAAUUGUCUGCUGCUUCCAACCUUCAUUUUCAUGGGUUUGAUGAAAAGAAAAUUGACACCCAUGUUGAGUACUGUAAGCACUUGCUUGACGCUGCAAGAGUCCACCUCAAACAAGCUGAGCAUGAUGAGCAGCAAACCAGGCACAAACAAGAAGCUCUUCGUCAGAUGGCACUGGCUGAGGAAGCCCGUCGUAAGGCUGACGAACAAAGGAAAUUUCAGUUGGAAAGGAGAAUGCGAGAGGAUGAGCAAAAGAGAGUGAGGCAACAGGAGGAACAUUUUGAACGCAUAAAGGAGCAAUGGAAGAGCAGCACACCUGGUUCUAAGCGAAGAGAAAGAUCGGAUAUUGAUGAUGAAGAGGGUAGAAAUAGCGAGAAGAGAAGGAAAAAAGGUGGAAAGAGGAGAAAGAAGGACAGGAAUUCCAAGGCACGUUAUGAAACAGAGGAAGAUGAAGCAGAGAUGAUGGAUGAUCGGGAAGAAAUGGAAGAGAAUUACGAGGAGCCCAGAGAUGAGGUGAAUGGUCAAGAUGAUGAUGGAGAAGAAAAUGCUAAGGAUCCUCUUGCAGCAGCUGGGCUCGAAGAUUCAGACGCUGAAGAUGAGGUUGUACCUGGAGCAACCAUAAGUCGACGGAGGCAGGCAUGGUCAGAAUCUGAUGAUGAUGAUGAUGAUGAGCAAGUAGAGAAGCAGCCGGAGUCCAGUCCAAUAAGAGAAAAUUCUGUAGAGAUGAGGGAGAGUGACGGUGAUGUUAGAGAUAUUGUUGACAAGCUGGAUGAUGCUGUUAACGAUGAGGAUUGAACAGAACGGCUAUAAAAUUACCUCUUUGAAUGUAACCUAGUAAAUUUAUUCGUCUUUAAUUUUCUUUU